UUUCUGCCAAAGAGGCGCGUGCUGCUGUUGGAACUCUCAAUCUACACAGACUCCUUGAGAGGCGCGUGCUAUUCGAACCCACACCGGUGUUGGAGCUGAGUAGGCGUGUUGGAGAAGUGAACCUGCAGUAGUAGUAGGCUACCAGACUGACCAGCUGAUGUUCAUGGAGCAGAGACCAGCUUUGAUGUGGACCUUCCUGCUGGGGGCUGCACUCGCCCUGGUCUUUCCUCCAGCUGGAUCCUUUAAUACCUCCAAAGCAGAUCCCAGACAACCAGAACUAAUUCGCUGUGAGUUCCUGCAUCGGGCUAACGUCACCUGCUACUGGAAGCUAGGGAGUGCACUGUCAAGCCACAACACGUUGCAAGUUCAGAGGUUGCCUUGGACACAUAAAGUUAACAUCUCAAGAAAAAGCCCUUUGACGACAUUCAGCUGCACCACAUCAGGAACCAGCUGCACAGCAGCACUUAAUGGCUCAUCUGUGAGAUUCGAAUUUUGCACAACCGUCACAGCUCAAGGCCCCAGCUGGAAUGAAUCAUCACAAAACCGCUGUCAGUCAGGCAGACUUGAAGUGAUUUUGCCUCCAGUGACUUUGGAUGUAAAGCCUGUCAGCGGAAAGCCUAAGUGUCUGAAUGUAACCUGGAGCAACUCUGACUUCCCUGUGUCUCUCAAAGAAAUCAGAGCUGGACACCUGACAUCCCAGAUUCAGUUUGCUGCACAGGGACAGCUGGAUUUUCAGGUCCAAAAUGUGAUAGUGAGAGACUAUAGCAUGCUAGUUUGUCUCUUUAGACCUGACACCUCGUACAGCAUCAGGCUUCGUCAUCAAUUCUUGGCGGCAGGGAAUGAAACUGUUCACAAAUACCCAGAGUUAUACUGGAGCCCGUGGAGCAAUGAAACCUGGGGAAGGACAGUGAUGGAUGCACCGGCACUCUGGAGGCAAAUAAAACAAACAGAACAAAACGGCUGGAGAAACAUCUCACUGCUGUGGCAGGCCAAUGGUAGAGUCCGCUCUUACAAUGUAACCUGCCACACAGAAAGCAGUCUUGUUCUGGAGGAUCAUGGGAGCUGUAAGAAUUUGCACAGUUUAAGUACUUCUUGCAGCCUGCUCCUGCCUAAUGGAUGUUGCUCAUGUGCUCUGACAGCCUUCACUUCUGAGGGGUUCUCCCCAGAGGCCCGAACAUGGUUCCUUGGGGUUUCUGAAUCUGAGCCACCGCCCCCAAAUAAUCUCACUGUACGCCCACUGGACGAUAGCAGUUUGGAUGUUCGUUGGACUGCUCCAGUUGGUUUGCCAGCAAAAGGCUAUGUGGUGGAGUGGUUUGCCAUGACGGAGAGCAACAACAGCAUCCUGCACUGGGAAACACUGAAUAGUUCCUGUACAGCAUUUGUCAUCACUGAGGGAGUUAAGGCUUUGGAGCGUUACACCGUUUCUGUCAGAGUGCUGUAUGGUGAAAGAGGUGCAGGACAGAACAGGAUGGUCCAAGUGUAUACACGCCAAGGAGCUCCCUCAAGUGGUCCAACAGUGGUGGUGAAACAGAUCUCAGGCAGAACUGUGGAGCUCACCUGGAGUCCUGUACCUGUGGAAAUGCGUCAUGGGUUCAUCCGCAGCUACGUACUUUAUUUCAUAACAGCAAACCAGCCAACAGGACGUAAAGGUCUAUCUGCUGAUGCUCAUAGUGACUCUCUGAGGGAUCUGUUGCCGGGUAACUAUGACAUCUUCAUGAAGGCCAUCACUGAUGCUGGAGCUGGAGAACCUGGACCCGUCACUAAAGUGCACAUAGGUGGACAGGACACACAAAAGAAGCAAAAACUCUAAAAUUCUGCCAUUACUGAUAAUACCAUGACAUUAAGUUUUAUGGUACUUUCAGCUGUUAUUAGAACAUAUAAUGCUGAACACAUACUUGUUAGUCCAGUCCUUAUUAAAUCUGUAAUGUUCUGUAUCAACUUUUCACUUCAGGCUCUUGGAGAGAGUGAUUUUCCUGCCUGAGAAU